CAUUCAUUCCGCCAUCGCCGCCGCAAAUCCCGCUCCUCAUCUCAUAACCGCCGCCGGAUAACGGCUGCUCCAAGGAGGGAACUUCAUGCUUCCGUCACAAUCCCCGAAAUCCUCUUCUUCUCUAUCGAAAAAGACGACCCCAGAAUUGAACUCAUUCGAGCGCAAAAACUCAUCCGGCUCUUUCCGUUCACAGAGUUCCUUCUUUUCCCCAAACAAUAAUCGCUUAUGGCUACUUGUUUUGAUCAUUUCAUUGCAAAUAAUCCUCCUCCUCAUGGCUCGUGCCCUCCCUUUUUUCCACCGCCGAACCCAUUUCCCUUCCCCUUUGUCCUACUCCGAUAAACUCCUUCAAAAUUCGUCUAAUGUUUCAUCCACCCAUCAAUUAAAAUCCGCCGACAUUUCGAUUUCCGAGGCCGUUUCACCGCCCGAACGGUGUUCGUCGGGUCGGAUAUAUGUUUACAACCUACCGGCUUUUUUCAACCGAGAGUUGUUAGAUAACUGUGCCGAUUUAGACCCGUGGCAUUCGCGUUGCGAGGCUUUGUCCAACGACGGGUUCGGGAGGAAAGCUACCGGAUUAUCCGGGGUCGUACCGGAGGGUUUGGUUCCAGCUUGGUACUGGACCGACCAGUUCGCCAUGGAAGUUAUUUACCACAACCGCAUUUUGAACCACGAGUGCCGUACGACGGAACCGGAUUCGGCGACGGCGUUUUACAUACCGUUUUACGCGGGUCUCGCCGUCGGGAAGUACUUGUGGCUCGGGUAUAGUUCGAAGGAUCGUGAUCGGUACUGCGAGAUGUUGCUGAAGUGGCUGCAGGAUCAACCGUACUGGAACCGUUCCGACGGCUGGGAUCAUUUCAUGACGAUGGGGCGUAUCACGUGGGAUUUCCGGCGGUCGAAGAACGAAGACUGGGGCUCCAGCUGUCUCUACGUGCCGGGUUUGAGGAACAUCACUCGUCUUUUGAUCGAACGAAAUCCUUGGGACUAUUUCGAUGUCGGCGUUCCGUACCCCACCGGAUUCCACCCCAGAUCGGAUUCCGACGUCGUCCAAUGGCAGGACUUCGUUCGCAACCGCCGCCGUGAAACCCUCUUUUGCUUCGCCGGAGCACCGCGUAGCACAAUCAGGAACGAUUUCAGAGCCUCGCUGCUCAGCCAAUGCAACAAUGCUUCGGGUUCAUGCCGAGCCGUGAAUUGCACCGGUACCUGCUGCUCCAACGGCACCUCCUUGAUCCUUGAGACUUUUCUUGAUUCCAGCUUUUGCUUGCAGCCGAGGGGCGACAGUUUCACUCGCCGCUCUGUCUUCGACUGCAUGAUCGCCGGAUCGAUCCCAGUGUUUUUCUGGCACCGAACAGCUUAUCUUCAGUACCAGUGGUUUCUUCCCAAUGACCCCAAGAGUUACUCUGUUUUCAUCCACCGCGACCUGGUGAAAAACGGGACAUCGAUAAAAUCCGUACUCGAAAGUUACAGCCGAGAAGAGGUGAAUCAAAUGAGGGAGAAAGUGAUUCGAUACAUUCCCAAACUGGUGUAUGCAAAACCCGAAAAGGGUUUGGAGAACACAAAGGAUGCAUUUGAUGUCGCCAUUGAUGGUGUAUUACAGAGAAUCAAGGAGCAAGAGCAGCCUGGAUUCAAGUGGAAGCGGUGACUUGCCUUUUCCUAAGAAUUAUACACACGUAACAAUAAAAUUCUCAGAGUACGUAGAUUCUUUCUCUUGUUUUUGCAGGCGAGGGCAUGAUUAUUCUUCCCCUGACAUUGUUGUAUCUGUAUUUUUCUACACAAUAAUGACAUACCAUAUAUGAUUAUUAUGAAUAA